CCACAGGAAUGACAGGGUUCGCUCCGGUCCGUCAGCGGCUCUCAAACACACCGAAGUCCUUCAGCCAGUCCAGCCGGGGCAGACGCGCAGAAUGGCGGCCAAGAAAGUCUGCAUUAUCGGGUCUGGCAACUGGGGUUCUGCCAUUGCCAAGAUAGUGGGUGCCAAUGCAGCAAAGUACAACACUUUUGACAGCACAGUGAACAUGUGGGUGUUUGAGGAGAUGAUCAACGGACGCAAACUUACCGAAAUCAUCAACAACGAACACGAGAACGUCAAAUACCUGCCCGGACACAAGCUGCCACCCAAUGUGGUUGCAGUUCCAGAGCUGUUGGAUGCAGUCAAGGGUGCAGAUAUCCUCAUCUUUGUCAUCCCGCACCAGUUUGUGUCCCGAAUCUGUGACACCAUCAAGGGUCACAUCAAGACGGACGCUGUGGGAAUGUCCCUCAUUAAGGGUGUGGAUGAGGGUCCUGACGGACUGAAACUGAUCUCUGAUGUCAUUAGGGAAAAGCUAGGCAUCACCAUGACCGUGCUGAUGGGAGCCAAUCUGGCCAAUGAGGUCGCUGAGGAGAAAUUCUGUGAAACUACCAUCGGGUGCAAAAGCAAAGCUCACGGGCCGCUGCUGAAGGAACUGAUGCAAACACAGAACUUUCGUGUGACAGUGGUGGAGGAGGCUGAUGUUGUGGAGAUCUGUGGAGCGUUAAAAAACAUUGUCGCUGUGGGCGCUGGUUUCUGUGACGGUCUGAACUUCGGUGACAACACCAAGGCCGCUGUGAUCCGCCUGGGUUUGAUGGAGAUGAUCGCCUUCGCUCGGGUGUUCUGCACAGCCAGUCCGGUUUCUUCCGCCACGUUUCUGGAGAGCUGCGGCGUCGCCGACCUCAUCACCACCUGCUACGGGGGACGCAACCGCAAAAUCGGAGAAGCGUUCGCUAAAACGGGAAAAUCUAUUGAGGAGCUUGAGAAGGAAAUGCUGAACGGACAGAAGCUUCAAGGUCCGGCAACCGCAGCAGAAGUUCAUCGGAUCCUCAAACACAAAAACCUAGUGGAAAAGUUUCCCCUGUUUAAUGCGGUUUAUCAGAUAUGUUAUCAUAGUCAUCCGGUCAAAGGGUUCAUCACCUGCCUACAGAAUCAUCCAGAACACAUGUAAAUCUCCAUUAUGGCUGUUUUAGUUGUGUCUUAACACCAUAAGAGUGUCUAAAUGUUGUAAAUUAUCAGUACAUAACAUUUUAUUUUGGGUAAAAAGCAUUGUAAAGGAAGUUUGUCCUGUUUUAAAGUACUACACUCUCGCAAAGUAUUUUUUAGCAUUUCUAAUUCUGUAAUUUUGCAGCCAAUAAUGAGAAAGUGCCUUAAAUUUUGAGUCCUUAAAAAGAAUUAAAUGAAUAUGCUCAUGUAAGAAGUGCCAUAAAAACAAAUUUCAUUCACACUUUGUGUCUUGCAUCUCGAAGCAAGUGAGAAAUGAUUUGAGUUUGCUAUCAGAAAUGACUGAGGAUGAGGCUAACAUUGAAUCCUUCAGUCCAGUGUGUCUCUGUACAUUGAUAUCUCUCUCUAACACACACACACACGGAUGAAUGUGACCUUUACUUUCUAAACUCUAUCUCUGGCGCACUACAUGUUCACCUUUAACAUUUUAGGUGUUCAACCUUUGACCUUUACUUGAGGGCAAGCAAACUCCUUAAAGAAACAGAACACUGAUUUUAAUUUUUAAUGUUUUCAAACUGCACUGCAGAACAGAUCUUAUAUUUACCGUACAACAGAUAUUAAAGAAAGGUAUGUCUUG